ACAUUUACUUGCUCAUCUAGCUGACAGAAUGGAUCUGGAUGGAGAAGGUUUGAGACAUAUAAAAAAACACUUAGGGGAAGUAACUGGACAAGACCAAGAAAUAAAAGAUGUGCAAAAUGGUGACAAUUCUAAAGGUAUAUUUUAUUUCUUCAAGCUUCAUGAUUAUGAUGACAAUCAAAAGCUAGAUGGCUUAGAAUGGAUGAAUGCACUGACAGAUUUUCACACAGAAGAUGAUAGCAAAGGUGAAUUCAAAGAAGGAGGGCGCAUGUUCCUUGAGCAUGAAGCAGAAACCAUUGUAGAUGAACUUCUGAUGAAACACGACAGAGAUGAUGAUGGUAUGAUUGAUUUUAUUGAGCUGAUGAACUCAAAAGUAAACUCAUUCAUGACAGACCUGGACAAGCCUCAGGAGGGAGAACAAGAAACCCAGGAAGAGCAAGAACAGCAACAGGAACAAUCAUCUCUAGAGCAAGAAUUUAAUCAACGACAACAAAAUCAACAGUCUUCAGAGCAUAAUCAGGAACAGGAUGAAAAUAAACCACAAGAAAACCAAGAACAAGAUCAACAGCAACACCAACCUCAACAGGAAAACCAACAGAAUGAACAACAUGAACAGGAAGACCAACAGGAGCAACAAGAAGAACAACAUCAAGAACAAAGCCAGCAAGAAUCUAAUUCUGAGGGUGUACAAGGAAAUGAAGAACAAGUCAAUCAGCAGAAUGAACCUUCUUUAGAGGAUGAAUAUAAUCAACAUCAACAACAGCAACAACAAAAAUAGCAAUUUAGGUAUUUAGAAAAUAAACAGAACUGAAAACGAAUUCAAUAAAUUGCAAGUCUGCAGCUUUUUUCUCAUCAUGA